GUAGCUCCAAGUAAAUCAUUCCAACCAGAGCUCACAUAACCAAACCACCUAUACGAUUACUCUAUUUCCUCUCCUCCCGCUACUCUAUCCUCCUAUCUUCUAAAGUUAAGCAGAUCGUAUCUACUGCGCAACUACUCGCCAUCAUGCACUUCUACACUACUCUCGCCGUCGGCCUCUCAAUCCUCGGAUUCACCUUUGCCACUCCGUUCGACGAUCCAGUGCAAUGGAAGGUUUCCGACUUCACCACCAGCUGCGGCUCAGAAGACUGCAACUACAACUUCAACAUCGCUAGCAAUGCCAGCAAUGCUUCCGGCUUCAAAACCUCCUGCACGGGCGUCCCUGCCGAAAGUGACUAUGCGCCGUGCCAGGACAAAUCCACAGAGGCGAAAUUGAUUCCGGGGCAAUAUCCGACGUGGAGUGUGCAUGUAAAGCAUACGUGGUAUGAAGGAGAAGCUAGGUAUACUGCACACGGUUUAGCCAAUGUUACGAAUACCAUGAAGAGCUUCCCUAUUCCAGUGACAGAGGUGUAUGGAGUGCUUUGAUUCCAAUCCUGUGCUGUUUUAGAGAUGAGAAGGUGCUAUUCAAUGCCGGGAACCUUUCUUUGGGGUUGCUUCGAUAAUGUUUGUAAUUUUCAGUGCAAUAUUUCGAAAUAUACUUGUCAUAUUUAAUGAUUGUUGGUAGGGCCUGCGUAGUGUGUAGCAGUUAAGCCUGUCCCCAAUGAAUGUUAGGAGAUGUGACCAAGCCACAUGACAGCCAAGAGUGCAUUUUGUCGCACGAUUAUAAGUCUAUGG